GUAGUACACAAAAAAAGCAAAGAUCAUGAAGUAGGUUUGAAGAAGACAACCAUACUCCUCGUGCUAUCCAUAGUACAAAUACUGAAAAAAACUCCAUAGUACAAAAUAACAUAUACUUUGAAAUGGCAAAUGAAGUGGUGGUGGUGAUGGUACCGUUCCUCGCACAAGGCCAUCUCAACCAACUCCUCCACCUCUCUCGCCUCAUCUCCACCUACAACAUCCCCAUCCACUUCAUCUCCACUGCCACCCACAACCGCCAGGUCCGCAUCCGUCUCCACGGAUGGAACCCAAAUAAUAAUCUUAUACAAUUCCAUGACCUAGAUGACCCUAUUGUCACCCCACAUCCUAUUAUUCCAAACACCACCUCCCACCCCAACUUCCCUACCCAUCUCCAACCUUACUUUAACUCAUCUCUUCUUCUCCGAACUCCGGUAGCGGACGUCAUCCGUUCGGUUUCACAAACAGCUAGAAAAGUUGCUGUCAUUCAUGAUUCACUCAUGUCUUACGUAGUUCAAGAUGUGUGUUUGAUACCCAAUGCGGAGACAUACAUCUUCCGAGGUUUAUCUGUUUUCUACUACUUCUGUUCUACUAACAUGAACCUGGGGAGAGAGCUGCCAUUUGAACCGGACAAGAUAUGCCAACUGCCGGCUCCUGGUGAGAGCAUAAGCCCAGAGUUCUCGGAGUUUAUAAAACUUCAAUAUGACCAUCAAAAGAAUCAUGUUGGUAAUGUAUAUGAUUCUUCGAGAAUCAUAGAAGGGAAGUUUGUUGAAUCCCUUAAGAGAGAUCAGGUAAAUGGAAAAUACCAUUGGGCAGUUGGGCCAUUUAAUCCGGUGGAGAUGGAUUCUGAUUGUUUAGACCGUCACAUUUGUUUGCAAUGGCUAGACAAGCAGCCUGCACGUUCUGUCCUUUAUGUUUCGUUUGGCACGACGACUACGUUCACAAGUGAUCAAAUCGCGGAGCUCGCUCUUGGAUUGGAGAGAAGCACGCAAAGAUUUUUGUGGGUGUUGCGGGAUGCGGAUAAGGGGGAUGGUAGUGUUGGGGUAAAGGCCGCGGGGCCCUCUCAUGAAAAGCCUCUCUUUGACAAUUAUCAGACCCUACACUCCACAUGCAGGAGUGUGGGAUUGCCGGAAGGGUUUGAAGAGAGAGUGGCGGGGAGGGGUUUGGUUGUGAGAGAGUGGGCCCCCCAGAUAGAUAUAUUAGGUCAUUUGUCAACUGGUGGGUUUGUUAGUCAUUGUGGGUGGAACUCAUGCAUGGAGGCUAUGACGGCCGGAGUUGCAGUCGCAACGUGGCCUAUACACACCGAUCAACCAUAUAAUGCAUUUUUAUUGUCAAAUGUUUUAGGGGUUGCGGUGGUGAUGAGGGAUUGGGAGCAUAGAGAUGAGUUAUUAACUUCGGUGAUGGUUGAGAAGGUCGUAAGGAAGCUAAUGGAUACAGAGGUAGGAGAAGCAGUAAGGAAGAGAGCGGCAAAAUUGGGUGGUGAGUUGCGAAAAUCAAUGGCAGAUGGUGGCGUGACUCAUGAAGAUUUGAACUCAUUGAUUUCAUAUAUUCAUAAAUAGAAUAAUAUGUUAAAGCGGAUCCUAAAGGCAUUUUGGUCUAAUGAUAUCCGAGUGUGUAAGACUAAUGUCCCUUUCUAAAUGGUCAAGAGUUGGAGCCUCAUGAUGAACAACAAUAAUGAAGAAUCAUAGUGGAUUAGAUUAGAUUGCUCUAAAAAAUGUAAAAGGGGAGGGUUUUUUAGAUUGCUAUAUUCCAUUUCUCAUAACAAAACUACAUUUUCUUUCUUUUAUUCAUCUUUGUACCGUAAAUCUUAUUAAAUAUUAUGAAUUUGCAACA